GGAGCGGGCCGGAGCCGGCACUGAGCGGAGCGGGGCGGGGGAGGGAUGGGCUGCGCGCCCAGCAUCCACGUCUCGCAGAGCGGCGUGAUUUACUGCCGGGACUCGGACGAGUCCAAUUCCCCCCACCAGACCACCACCAUCUCGCAGGGUGCCGCCACCCUGCACGGCCUCUUCGUCAAGAGCGACGCGGCCGACUCCAUCCCCGCCGUCCUCGCCUACCAGAGCCGGCAGCCGCCGCCCUGCUCCGGCCCCCGCCGCAGGGAGCCCAGGGCGCCGCGCUGCUGCGGCAUCGAGGCGGAGACCCAGACCAGCAGCACCAGCCUCAAGCAGGCUUCAGCUACAGAGGUACAAAUUGGGCCCAUGAGACUGACACAAGAUCCAGUUCAGGUUUUGCUGAUCUUUGCAAAAGAAGACAACCAAAGUGAUGGAUUCUGGUGGGCCUGCGACAGAGCUGGUUACAGGUGCAACAUUGCCCGGACCCCAGAGUCAGCACUUGAAUGUUUCCUCGAUAAGCACCAGGAAAUAAUUGUAAUAGAUCACAGGAACUCCAGAUAUUUUGAUGCAGAAGAUAUCUGCAGGUCUAUUCGUGCUACAAAGCCAUCAGAACACACUGUAAUACUUGCUGUGGUUCCACGCACAUCUGCUGAUCAAGAGGAGACUUCUGUUCUUCCCCUUCUUAAUGCAGGCUUUGAUAGGCGAUUCACGGAGAAUAGCAGCAUAACUGCUUGUUACAAUGAAUUGAUUCAAAUAGAACAUGGAGAAGUGCGAUCUCAGUUCAAAUUACGGGCAUGUAAUGCAGUAUUUACAGCAUUAGAACAUUGUCAGGAAGCUAUAGAAAUAACCAGUGAAGAUCAUGUUAUUCAGUAUGUUAAUCCGGCCUUCGAGCAGAUGAUGGGGUAUAACAAGGGAGAGCUCAUUGGGAAGGAACUUACUGAGCUACCAAAAAGUGAUAAAAACCGUGCGGAUUUGACAGACACUAUCAACGCAUGUAUUAAAAAGGGAAAGGAAUGGCAAGGGGUUUACUAUGCAAGAAGGAAAUCAGGAGACAGUAUCCAGCAACACGUGAAGAUAACACCAGUGAUUGGUCAAGGAGGGAAGAUCAGACACUUUGUGUCCCUCAAAAGGCUGCGUUCUACUAAUGAAAACAACAAGCAGCUCUGCAAGAGUCACCGUGAUGAGAAUUAUUCAGGAGACAAUUCUCAGUCAGAAUCCCAUUCCUUCAAAUGCAAGAACAGAAGGAAAGAUUCAACUGACGUUAAGUCUAUAUCUUCACAAAGUAGUGAUGUGUUCUCUCUAAUGGCAGCUCCAAGUUUACAGAAUCGGCGGUACUCUUCUAUGGCAAGGAUCCACUCAAUGACAAUAGAAGCUCCUAUCACAAAGGUUAUUAACAUAAUUAAUGCUGCCCAGGAAAACAGCCCCAUCACUGUAGCAGAAGCCUUGGACAGAGUUCUGGAAAUCCUGCGGACAACAGAGCUUUACUCCCCUCAGCUGGGUGCCAAAGAUGAAGAUCCUCACACAAGUGAUCUUGUUGGAGGUCUGAUGACUGAUGGCUUGAGAAGACUGUCUGGAAAUGAGUAUGUGUUUUCCAAGAAUAUGAACCUCAGCCAUAGUCACCUUUCAGUGCCAAAUACUGUCAGUGAUGUUCCACCUUGUAUUGCACAGCUCCUGGAUAAUGAGGAAAGCUGGGACUUCAAUAUCUUUGAAUUGGAAGCUGUUACAAAUAAAAGGCCACUAGUUUAUUUAGGCUUUAAAGUUUUCGGCCGGUUUGGAGUCCCUGAGUUUUUGAAUUGCUCAGAAGCCACACUGCGAGCAUGGCUGCAGCUGAUGGAAGCCAACUACCACUCCUCCAAUGCAUACCACAACUCCACACACGCUGCGGAUGUCCUGCACGCUACCGCCUUCUUUCUGGGAAAGGAGAGAGUUAAGGGAAGCCUUGACCAUUUAGAUGAAGUGGCUGCAUUAAUAGCAGCCACCAUUCAUGAUGUAGAUCACCCUGGACGGACCAACUCCUUCCUGUGCAACGCAGGCAGUGAAUUAGCUGUCCUUUACAAUGAUACUGCUGUGCUAGAGAGCCAUCACACAGCACUGGCAUUUCAGCUGACGGCUAAAGACAGCAAAUGCAACAUUUUCAAGAAUAUUGAUAGAAAUCACUAUCGGACGUUGCGCCAGGCCAUUAUUGACAUGGUUCUGGCAACAGAGAUGACAAAGCACUUUGAACACGUAAACAAAUUUGUGAACAGCAUCAACAAGCCAAUGACAUCGGAGGAGACCAGCUCACAUAGUGAAGGCACUGACUGUGAAUGCACAGCCAACAUGAAGAACUUUCCAGAUAACCAAACACUGAUCAAGCGUAUGAUGAUUAAAUGUGCAGAUGUAGCAAAUCCAUGUCGUCCCCUAGAACUAUGUAUUGAAUGGGCAGGGAGGAUUUCUGAGGAAUAUUUUGCACAGACAGACGAAGAGAAGAGACAGGGCCUGCCUGUUGUGAUGCCUGUAUUUGACAGAAACACCUGCAGCAUUCCCAAGUCUCAGAUUUCCUUCAUUGACUAUUUUAUAACAGACAUGUUUGAUGCAUGGGAUGCAUUUGCACACCUGCCUGUUCUGAUGCAACACUUGGCCAAUAACUACAAACACUGGAAAAUGCUGGAUGAGUUAAAAUGCAAGAGUCUCAGGCUUCCGUCAGAAAACAACAACUGACACUAAAGCAAGAAAAACAGACUUCCCAAUCUACCAGUGUCACUGUGAAUCGCUUAUUAACUUGGAUACAAUGGGGAUAGUGUUUCCUUUCAAGUGAAACUAAGACUGUGUGUCAAGAACAAAGUAUUUUAUCCAUCAUUUUUUAAGCUUCUCUGAAUUCAACACAAAAGUAUUUUCAGAAAGACCAUAAACAAGUGCACUUUGGAAAUACAUUUCUGUGGCAGAUAAGGUACUUCCAAAACUAAUCUCCUAGUGCUGAAUACAAAUCUGUUGGAUCUUGUAUCAAAUACAGCUGCACCCACUAACACUUCGCACAACCGUUUCCCAGUCACCAGGAAAAUAGUAAGUUGACCAACAACCAUGAACACUUCCCAGUUACCUAGCAUAAAUUUGCUCUGGUUCUGCCAGUGUUCUUUAGCUCUUCAACCACAGUUGUAAGGAGAGCAUGCACUCUAGAACAAGCAAACCUCAAGAAACUGGGCACAUUAAAAACAAACCUAGCACCAUUUAAAGCAAAACUUUCAUUACAGAGGAUAAAAACCAUAAAAUAAGUAUGUUCAGUGUAAUUGGUGCCAUCCACGCUUAUCUCUGCCAUCUUAGAUAUUAACAUGUGACAUUGUCUACCUUUACAUAUAAACCACUGUGGCAGUAGACUGACAUCUCUUUUUUAUGACGUGAUGGUUGUACGCAGUCAUCGAUUAAACUGAUCCAAACGUUACAAGGCCAUACAUUGUGCUACUUACUUAGCAGAUGAGCCUUCAUCUUUAAUAAAUAAAUAAAGUUUCCAGGUUAUAAUUUAUAACAGCAUUACAAUUUGUACUGCUUUUUUCCUUCCUAACAAAAUGCUGCUUUGUUUGGUCAUGUUCAAAAACAAAACAAAAAAAACAUUCCAAAAGUUGUAAAUAAGUAAAAAACCAAACACAGUUUUUCAUUGGUUUUAAACUAAGAAAUUUAUGCUAAAGCUUCCUAAGCACAAACGCAUAUUUUUGUACGUAUCAUUUUAACCACAUGCAGACAGUGAACACGAGUUCAGGUUUUAGACUUAUUCUCUGAUUAUUCAGUUAAUAAAUCAUGGCAGAACUGCUGAUUUUCGAACUCUUUGCACUGCAGGCAAAGCGUCAGAUCAGUGACUUGAGUUGAAACGAAGGGUCUCAAGACAGACUCUCCCCCACACCCUCACAGCGUAUCAACAACUGAACUAAGGAAAGAAUAAAAGGAGCUUUAGGUAGCUGUGGAAGAAAGGCGACAGCGAUUGUUUUACUGCAGGUAGCUUAGGUAACGUGCCAACCUUUUUUGUAUGUUUUGUACCAAGUUUGGAAAACGAAAUGAAACAUUCAUAAAAUGUUAUGUGCAGAGAAAAAAAAAAAAAUGUAUAUAAGGUAUAUUUUUGUUAGAACUGUAAUAGAACCUUACUUUUGGUUGCUAUGUAUUAAAAUGCUGCACUGUGUAUAUUUGAAGAACGGUGUUUCUGGUGAAAGAUAUAUAUUCAUUAUUUCUUAUUAUAGAUGCAACAUUUUUUUCAAUGGGUUUUUAUUCAGAUGAGUUGAACCUCUGUUUUUUAUACAGUAAAUUGCUUUUACCAUUCUUUUAUUUACAACUAGUGCUCUCAACGGUUGUAUCUUAACUAUUCCAGUGACUGAAUGCUCACUGCAGCUUGCAUUAGAGAAAAGAAUUUAAACUUCCAAAGCUUUCGAAGUCCCUGUACGAUCAUACUGCAGAACUGUAAGAUCACAGCCAUGUAAAACACUUCAAUUCAGUAUUGUCACAGCUCUGUCACACAAAGAGGAAUGUCAAUGGUAGAAGGAACGGAAGAAAUAAAGUUCAGCCUCAGUACCUGACUUAAAGCAUUAACGUGAAAUAUUUGUUGCAAGAUCCUGUGUUUUCUUACCCAGACAAAGUAAAGAAGUAUUUCACAUGGAGUAAUGUCCUCUUUAAGAGCAGAACAAAUAAGCAUGAAUUAAUCUUGUAUGUACCAGUUCUGUGAGACUCUUUCCCACUGACUAAGUCUGUUGCUUCAUGCUGUUAUCAGUACACGUGUGCUUAAAUUGCCUGUUUUCUCUGUGCAGAUCUUUAGGGUAUUUCUGACAGAGACUUUUACUACCACAACACAGAAUUCUGCUUUAUUGAGAUCUGGAAAAAGAAAUUCAAAAUAAAUCACAGAAACACUGAA